UAUUAUGUGGGAUCUUCCGUCUUACAUAGUCACGAAUACAACUCACCAUGAUGUCACGCUAUGGAAGCUUACAGACCGCAACGCUCAAAGGGUCUCGGACGUUGCAACAGUCCAGGGUCCAAUGGCCAAGAGGACCAACAAGUGCCAAAGAUGGUGAAGACGACAGCAUCGACCAUGAGGUGUCGGAAGGUGUCGACCGGUCGAGAGGAUCUAGCAUGUCCAUAA